CAAACCGCUUAUUGAGUCUCUCCGCUAGCAUCCUAAGUCCUGCGCCUGGGAACGGCUCUGACCCACGAGGACAAUUUGUUAGUGUUAUUAUGUGCUGUUAAAGUUUGCGUCAGUAGAUACUCCGCGGUCGAAAGGGGGCGCGUUACCGACGUGCUCCUGGCCACUAACGUUAUAAAAAAUAAAGCGUUCUGAAUUUGAAAAGUGAAGUGCUCUGUGGUUGAAAAUAUGGAAUGCGCGGCAAAAUAAGUUUGACAGUUUUGUUUUUGUAGUGCAGUUUGUGCAAAUGGUUAUUUUUAAUAUUAUUCCGGCUGUGAUUUUUUUCUAAUAUUAGUAUAAAUGAACUCAAUAGCGCGAAAUGGAAAAUUCAUCUCAAAGAAGAAGUAUAAGUACGAUCGUAUUACUUAUUUUAUAUGGAAUAGCUGAUGUUCAAUGCAGUUUACCGGUUGAUUUGGCAUCAGAAGAGAAAGUACUCCCCCCAACGACUUUACCUCUGACAUCACCGGCCUCAAGUGUUACCACAGCCAACCUAUCAACUUCAACAUACGUCACAGCAAUACCUCCCAUCCCGCCAAGUGACAGGGACAGGUUCCUGACCUUCGCGGAGUCUGGACACCAUCAGACCUUCAUGUUUGCUAAAGAUAAUACCUUUAUACAACUCGAUGGGGAUAUCAUACAGAGGUUUCAACUAAGGUUGUGCCGGGAAAUAUCAUUCAAAUUCAGAACACGCUUGCCACAUGGUUUACUUGUGUACCAUAAUGUAAAAAAUCCAGUUUUUAAGAUGCAACCUUAUGCUCUUUACGUCAUCGUUGAAAAAGGUGAAUUAAAAGUUGUUCACGUCUUCGGCAAACACCUAACAUCCGUGACAGUUGGUCGAGCAUUGAACAGAGAUCAGUGGCACAGUGUGGUUGUCACCAUCGAUGUUCAUGGCGCCAGACUAAUUGCUAAAGUCGAUCAACUGAAAGAAGAAGUCUACUUAAAGGGUCUCAGUUUCGAUACUAAUUACGGUAUCACUGAUAACUUAACGUCCGUCAUUCUUAUUGGAGGUCUAAGUUCCGAAGAAAAACUGCACGGUGUAAAAUACAUCAUAGAAUCUUUCGUCGGAUGCAUCAGUGAUAUGGUCCUUAGUUCCGGGAAGGCUGCUUCAGAUUUACUACCGAUAGUGCCUCUCAUAGCGACCAAACAUGAGAAUGUUAAAGAAGGCUGUAUAGAUAAGUGCAGGACCAUGGAGAACCUUUGCUUCGAAGGGUCCCGAUGCAUUAAUGAGUAUAAUGGAUACCGCUGUGAUUGUUUUGGGACUUUGUAUGAAGAGCAUCUUUGUGAUGUUUUCACGGCGACGGUAUUGACUCUGCGCGGCUCAAGUUACGUGUCAUAUCGAGUUUAUGACUGGAAGGACCGAGUGCACUCCACAAGUACGCGGGUCAGCAUGCACUUUAAGACUCGAUUCGACGAUUCAGCUUUAUUCUAUGCGAGCGGACAAAUAGACGACAAACAUCAUUACAUCGCUUUAUCAAUACACGAUGAAAAAGUUGCCAUACAAAUUGAUUUAGGAGACGGACCGGUAGAAGAUUAUUUAGGGGAAAAAGUCAAUAAUAAUAUGUGGCACAAUCUGACUGUUAUAUUGCAAGAGCAGACUGUGAAUGUGUAUCUGGAUGGCAUGACAGAGAACUACGAGUUGCCCGGGAGCGCUCGCUUCGUAUGCAUCGAUCCCGAGAUCUACAUCUGCGGUGGCCCAGAUUUACACAAAAUGAAAGGAUUGAAAUCGUUCAACAAUUUCGCUGGCAACUUGAAAUACGUGUACUACAAUGACGUUUCGAUUUUGUACGAGUUAAAGCAAAAUAACCCUAAAGUCCACUACAUAGGGGUGCUGGAUCCUGAAUUUGAAGAUAUUGAUAUUGAAGUCAUACCCAUAACGUACCCGUUCGCCACAUCCCAUAUUUGGUGGCCGUUGAAUCAGAGCCACAGCGUUAAUCUGAAGUUUGAUUUUAAAACCAGCAAGAAUAUGGCGGUGUUGGCUUAUAGUCAGACUUCGACGCAAGGUUACUGGGAGGUAAGGAUGGUCAAAGAAGAGAUUAGAUUCGAACUUGUAUCAGACGUUGGGAAAAACGUGACGGUUUUAAAAUCCGUGAAGUUCAACGUGAGCAACGAUUGGCACAACGUCGAGUUAGACUACAGAAAGGGAAGGAUCAAGAUGACUGUCGACCAUCAUAAUAAACAUGUCCAAAUGUUCGGUCUAGACUUCGAGUUACAAGACAAAAUCGUUAUAGGUAGCGGUCUGAAAUCAGCCAACUUAGGUCUAAUUGGUUGCAUGAGGAACAUAAAAAUAAAUGGCUUGCUAAUUGAGCCGAGAUUCGUGAUAAUGACUGAGAGAGUCGUCGGGGAAGUGGCGAUAGACGACUGCAGAUAUGUGGACCCUUGUACCAGACCUAAUACUUGUGAACACGGAGGUAUAUGUUCGGUUAGAGAGGACAGAGUUAUUUGCAAUUGUGAUAAUACUGGUUAUAUUGGUGAGAACUGCCAUUUCGCAACUUUCCGCAAAACUUGUGAAGAGCUAGCCCUUCUUGGUUACACUAGGAAUGACGUUUACCUCAUAGAUAUUGAUGGUAAUGGCAAGUUUCCUCCUGCUCAUGUGAAAUGCGAGUUCCAAAUAGAAGCAGAUUCGUCAACAACUGUGGUUGAACAUAAUCUGCCUAGUCAAGUUGACGUCCGUUCCGCCUCCGGUAACGACUUCAGCUUCAGCAUCAAGUACCGCGAGUUCACAGCUGAGAUGCUACAAGAGCUGAUCUCCCACUCGCUGUACUGCCGGCAGUACAUCAAGUAUGACUGUAUGAAAGCGCCGCUCGAACUGCACAGCGCGACCUGGUUCAUAUCCUCGUCUAAUAACACUGUGGAUUUCUUGGGGAGUGUUAAAAGAGGCUACUGCCCCUGUGGUGUAAAUGCGACUUGUGUGAACGCCACCAAGUCUUGCAACUGCGACUCCAACGAAGACGGCAAGUGGCACAGCGACGAGGGGACCUUCGUGGAACCCUCCAGCCUCGGUAUCACUGAUAUGUUCUUCUUACAGCAGAAGGAUCUACCUGAAGAUGCUCAGGGAAGAAUCACGUUGGGACCUCUCGAGUGUGUUGAAACUAACACCCAACGCUACGUAGUAACAUUCACUACCUCACAGUCGUACAUAGAAGUCCCGGGGUGGAGGAAGGGUGACAUCGCCUUCAGCUUCAGAACUACUGGCACCAGCGCCAUUCUGUUGUUCCAGCCUCCCAUCAGACCUAACUAUCCAUCUUUUAUGGUCGCUUUGACUAGCGAACAUGAGCUCACCUUCAACUUUACCCUCAACACUGGUACCACCAGAAAACUAGUUAUCAAUUCUAAAAGAAAACUGAACGGUGGAGAAUGGCACAAGAUAUGGAUCGACUACAACUUCUACCACGUCCGGUUUAUGUUGAACACUGAGUACCAGAUGCUGAACCUACUGUUGGAAGAGGAAUUUGGACCGUUCGAGGGGUCUAUGUUCAUUGGUGGGGCUACUGCGGAACAUCUAAAGAAAUCAGCAGUUAACCAAGGCUUAAUCGGCUGCUUCAGAGGUCUGGUCGUGAACGGUGAGAUCUUAGACAUCUACAGUUACAUGUCUGUCCAUCUGUCCGAGAUCAUAAAGGACUGUAAGCCGUCCUGUGUGCCCAAUCCGUGUCAAAACAGGGCCAUUUGUAAGGAGCUGUGGUCGAGUUACGAAUGUAUAUGUAAGAAUCCGUGGGCCCAUUUGGGGACUCAUUGUGAAGAAAAUAUAAACGAAAAAGCAUUAACAUUCCAAACAAAAGAAUCUUACUUAAAGAAAAACUAUCUAGUAGACAAUGCAACGGAUGCAGAAAAACAUCGUCUGAAGAAAAUGAUGACGGAAAACGUAUUAAUGAACUUACGAACGUACGACGACAACGCUUUAGUACUAUAUGCUAAUGACAAUCUCAACAAUUUCAUACACCUCUUUAUACAAAAUGGUACAGAAAUCAUAUACCUGUUUAACGAUGAAGAUGAGAUCAUACAGAUGAAUGUGACGUAUCAGAAGAUUAAUCAAGGGGAAAGUGUUCAGAUAGCCAUUAUAAGGACAGAGAAUUCUACUACUUUGCAUGUCAAUGAGAAUAAUGCGACUAUAGAGAGGACGGCUAAGCUUUUGACUAAUUAUACUAAUAAGCCUUGGAUUAAUCCUGAGUUGGAGGUGAUCCGUCCACAGCGUCCUCCCGCCCCGCCCACAGACUACUUCCAGAUGAACCUGGGCGGCUUCGACCCGUACUCCCUCCACCUGUCCGCCCGCGCGCAGCAGCUGCCGCAGGGCGGGUAUGUCGGCUGUGUCAGGGGAUUCAAGAUCGCUGACCAUGUGGUUGAUCUGUCCAGGAAGGCGCUACAGAAUAUUGAUCAAGACUUAACAGGAGUUCUACCAGAAUGCAACAUGAAGUGUGAUUCGGAACCCUGUAAGAACGGCGGCAUCUGUACGGAAGACUUCACCAACCAGGAGAGCAGCUGUGACUGCGAGCUCACCAGUUACUUCGGAGAGUACUGUGUGGAGGAGAAGGGAGCUGAUUUUAAUGGAGAGAGUAUACUACAAAGGAAAUUCUUGUUGUCAGGGCCUGUGUUUAAGGUAAAAAUAAAACUAGCGUUCUCCAGCAACGAUCUCCGGCAGAAGAACACUGUUUUGCUGUUAGUUCAGACAGAAAAUAAACGCAGCUACUAUUUAUUAGUCGCAAUCACGCAGGACGGUUACCUGAAGUUCGAGGAGAAUCGCGAGGAGGAAGCGUAUGGCGCUGAGGUUAAGAAUAGGAACUUUUUGAACGGUGCCCGUCACACCAUCUACUACACUCGAACAAACCAAGAAGCCAAGCUCCUUAUAGACCGCAUAGAGGUUCCUCUAGAGAAGGUCCCUCCUCAGAUAGUGUGGGAUGUGUUCGAUAUCGGCUCCAACGAGGUUCAGGUCGGAGGCCUAAAUACUACGGAUCCGAGGUUGAAGAUCUAUAAAGGAUAUAAUGGGUGUUUGUCUAAUAUCCUAGUAGAAAUAAACGAGUACGAGAUGAAGCCGUUAGAAGAGUACAUGUUGUUCACCCGCCUGAACUCCGCGGAAGUGAACGCGGUGAACGCGCAGGGAGUGCGCUCGGCGCAGUGCUCGGCGGACUUCGACGAGGCCUGGCCCGACCAGACGCAGCUGGCCGCCGCGCAUAAUGGCAGCUUCCUUAUUAGCGUUGACAAAACAUGGGUCGAAGACCCACCAUCCCGCAACCCGUACGACUCUCUAUACCAACAACCAGACGCUGAAGAGGAGAAUACCGACAAGUUCUUCAUAGCGCUCAUCUGCGUGUUCUUAUUAGGACUGUGCUAUUGUGGAUACCAUAUGUGGCGAACACACAAAGCAUACAAAUUGAGCUUAGAGAAGCAAACAGAUGAAAAUAUCAUGAGGAGUAAAGAGCACGCGACGAAACUGCAGGAACCUACCAUAUCCUUCUUACAGUUGAACAAAGAGCCGAUAGCUGAAGAGCCAACUACAGAGAUUGAAAAGAAGUCAAACGGAGUGACUAUAGAUGUAGUUCCAGUUGUCAUAGUGGAAAUACCAAAUGAGGGAUCUAUGGGCAGGAAGGGAAGCUUGAGAUACAGAGAUAUGAUAGAAAAGGAAAAAGUAUGGGAGACUCUCGAGGAAAAAGAUGAGAUGUCAGACAGUGAUGAGGAGAAAGUGAACGGCGACGACCGUGAGGGGAACUGCGGCGAUCCAGACAGCGAGACCACUUCCUCAGACGAGGAUGAAGCUAUGAAUUCACAUCAAGAAUUUUCAGCAAAUGGCCGCAAGGAACUCAAUAAAGGACCUCCAACACAGACUAGUUUGACCACACAGCUACCUUACAAGAUUGACGAGGACGACACCAACGAACUACUCACAUCAACCGCUUAGAUACCUAAUAAAGUUUAAUAAAUGUUUUGUAUAGAUACCUGUA